CAAAUAUGGACCUUCAACCAUAGUGCGGUAAAUGCAACAGGACCCAUUUAAAGUGCACGUUUACAUUUAAUAGAAUAGGUGGGCGUUAUAAUUUGUAUUUCAAAUGUGGUACUUUAAAAAUGGUUUUAAUAUUAAUUUAAAACCCCAGCAUCUAUAGUAAAUCCUGUGAAGUUUGUAGAUUACUUUACAGUUCAGAAUCUAUUUACUGGAUAGUAGCGGAACCUAUUUAACAUUACAAUUCAGCGAGUGUCUGUCGGAAAGGAAACUGUUUCCUUAGGGAUGGGUAUGUGUGUGACUUCAAUUUCCGACUGGCCUCCAUUUUGGCUGGAGAGUGAUGAUUUUCCCGGAGUUGAGGCAGAAAAAAACCCAAAACGAAUGCGGUAAGCGAAAUAUGGUAACCGAUGUAAUUAGCCGAAAAUCGAUGGACAACUGUGAUAUUCGGAAAUGGAACAGAAUUCAGUUUGUGAAGAUUGCAAAGAAUAUUAUGUAGACGAGUGCCCCAGACAUGGUCCCCCGAAGUUCCUUAAAGACUCGAUACCAGAGAAAGUGUCUCCAUGCAGAGUGCUCCACACGCUUCCUCCAGGACUGGCUGCAGGACCGUCCCUCGCACAGGUUAGCCGCAUUGGGAUCUGGUGUGUGGGACAGGCCCUACAGAAAGGAAUCAUCUUUGGACCGGUAAAAAAGCAGCUUAAAUACAGCGGCUCAGUAGAGGCUGCAGAGGAUGAAGGAGACAAAAUAGAUGGACUAGAUAACACCCCGUCUCUAGUGGAAGCAGUGAAUUGGAUGAAGUUUGCUUGCUCAGCAAGAAGUGAAGAAGAGCAUAAUGUGGCCGCGUUUCAGUCCCACGGCAAGCUUCACUUCAGAGUGCUGAAGGUCAUUGAACCCGGAAUGGAGCUUCUGCUUGGACCUGAAGAGGGCAGAAAGGAUUCGUCAGAAGAGGGGCCAUGUAGAGAGGAUGCUGUGGCAAGCUUGGCACAGGAAAACUGCUCUGUAAACGAGAAGUGUGGCACACCUGAGAAACUGGCACUGCAAGGAGUGGACAUCGAGCCAGAAGAUGAUGGUCCACAACCAUUACUGGGUCCAGAAGAAGAAGAAGAUGAUGAAGAAGAUGAUGUAAUUGUACCGCUGAAAAGGCCCCUGCGAUUCCUGAGCAAAAAUAGAAAUCCGGAAAUCUCUGCUCUAAGAAAGAAGGACUUAAGAAGGACUUCAAAUUGUACGGUCAAAAGGACAGGUCCAGAAAACAGUGGUGGUAAUGAAUCUCGUAAACUGGACAGUAAUGGAAGUCUUCCCCUAGUGGGACCGUGUAAAACACCCCAAGAUGAGAUUUGUGAUGCUGUGAGUAUAACACAGAAAUUAACUGCUGAAUGUAGGGGAGAAGAAGUUGAAAGGACAGGAGGGCCCAGGGCUAGUUCUCGCUUGGCUGCUAAACCACGAAAGGUGCACACACUUGUCAGCAGGAUCCAAAAACGCUUGCAGGAAAGGAAACUGAGGGUCCUGGAGCAACAAUCGAAGGAGAGACACGUGUCUGGGGAGGGUAAGGGUGAAACCAAGCCAGAAGAGGCUGCGACACAGGAGAAAGAACAAGAAGCCCUGCAGGAGGAAGAGGUAAGCGAGGAAACGAGGAAUAAAACCGGAGCGGAAACCGAUGACACACUUGUACCGCACGAGGAAGAAAUGUCUCCUCAACAACAGUCUCCUUCCCAAUGCAAGGUGCGGACAGGGGCUUCCAAAACCUCCGCCAGGGAAAGGAAAUACAGGUGCGACGAAUGUGGGAAAAGAUUCCUCCAGCUGUGCCACCUGAAGAAGCACAAGUUCACCCACCUGGACUACAAGCCUUACCUGUGCACAGAGUGCGGCAAGAGCUACAGCUCACAGGAGAGCUUCCGGGCGCACCUCCUGUUCCACAAGGGCGAGAGGCCCUUUAAGUGCGAGCAGUGCGAGAAGGCGUACGGGACCAAGCGAGAUCUGAAAGAGCACGAGAUCCUGCACACGGGACAGCGGCCCUUCGUCUGUGACCAGUGCGGCAAAGCCUACGCCCGACGGCCCUCUCUGCGCAUCCACAAGGAGAUCCACCGGAUGAAGGAGCUCAACCUGGGUAACACCAAGACGUGCAAGUGCGCCGUCUGCGACAAGGAGCUGGCCAACCCCGGAUCUCUGAGGAACCACAUGAGACUUCACACGGGAGAGAAGCCCUUCCUGUGCCCCUACUGCGGGAAGUCCUUCCGGCAGCAGGGCAAUCUCCGGGGCCACCUCCGCAUUCACACUGGGGAGAAGCCUUACAGGUGCGAGUACUGUAACGGUUACUUCUCGCAGCUGCCCGAGCUCAGGAGGCACCUGAUCUCCCACACCGGGGAGGCGUAUCUGUGCCCGAUCUGCGGCAAGGCCCUGAGGGAUCGUCACACCCUUCGAGCCCACGAGCAGCUGCACACGGGAGACCGGCCUUACAAGUGCGAUCAGUGUGAGAAGGCUUACACCCUGGCCACCAAGCUGCGCAGACACCAGAAGAAUCACUUGGAGGACAAGCCUUACAAGUGCUUGACGUGCGGGGCGGGGUACACCAUGAGGCAGAGCCUGCUCCGUCACCAGUCGUCCCACAAAAGGAAGGAGGAGAAGUUAGCAGGGGAACUGGCUGAGGCGCUGGCCACACUGGAAUCCGAGCACCCUUCUCCUUCUUUCAAGGACAAACCCGAAAAAAAGCCUAGGAAGCCCAAGAAGAGGCGGCGAGCGGAUCAGACAGAAAGCAGCAGCGCCACCGAGGAACCCACUGUGGUCUAUGUGCAUGCUUUUGAAACCAUGGAUGGGGCGUCCGGUGUGGGACAGGGAACUGUGAUGAUAAGCACCGCUUCUCCCCACGACAACAGUAUGGCGUUCAGUGCCCAGCAGGUCAUCCACAGCGUGAUCGGAUCCUCGUCUGAUCUCCCGCAGACUGUGCAAGGCCAGGCUGGUGGCCACAUCCAGAUAAACGAGGACAUUAUAGAAAUUAUCAUCUCCGACGCAGACAAUAAGUGCAUCAUAGUAGAAGGAGAAAAGUCCCAAAACAAUGUUGUCAUACUGCAAGGAGACGAAGGGAUAAAUGCAGUAGCUGAGACAGUAGAAAUAGAAACGGGUACCUGAGUUGAGAUGGAAUAUGAAGGUGUAAAUUGCUUAUAAUAAAACAUACCUUUAUUCGAUGCUUUGGAAUGUGUUUUCAUGUUUUGUUGUCUUUUGAAAUCAAUUCAGACUUACUUUUAUUUUAUUUAACUGUUAUCCCUAAUUCUUAUCAUAAGCCACCAAGACAAAAGUAUUCACAAUUUUUUUAUUACAGUUUUAGAAAUUUUAAAACUGUUUGUGUGAACUCUAUGGAGUUUGAGAAGUGCCCUGCCAAAGCUUCUGGAAAAAAAAAAACAUUAUGCAUUAUAAAAUAGAUACAUAAAUAGGAAACUUUUAAUUUUUUUUAUCCUAUCUUGGCCAAGGUACAGAAAGGUCAAGUGAUUUUCCCAUACUCAAAUACUCAAAGUCUGUGGCACUGUUGGGGAAAUACUAACAUGAAAUACUGUACUACUGUUAUGGCUUCCGGGAGACUUUUGCAGUAUCAUUUUCUAGUU